UGUGCACUCAUUUUUAAACAUUUGAUAGUGUCAUAUGUUUUGACAAUUUGCUUUAAAUUGUCACUCAAUUUCUAAAGACCCUAAAUUUAGAGCAUGCGCAGCUACAUAACCUGUUUGUGUUUUUAAAUAACAUUUGCAAAGAAAUAGGCAUAAUUUAUUCCUUCAUGUAGCUUACUGGCUUCAGUUUAUUGUAUAAUGCAAUAAAUAUCUGUUUUUAGCUUUACAGCAUAGCCAAAUGUUAUGGCUAAAAGGAUAUUAAUAUAGCUCUUCACACUAAUUAUUUGACUUAUUUUGUAAUUUACUUAGUUUUGUUUUAAUAAGAGAAAAAUUGGCAAAAGGAAAGUUCAACAAAAAGGUGCUUUGUACACUAGUUUAUGGGAAGAUAUUUGUCUUGAAAAUCUGAUGGAAGAAGAUUAAGGAUCAACAAAAUGAAGAGUUACCGUAUGUAAACCACCGUAUGUAAGCUGUCGGCAGCAAAGUAAUACAAACUUUCUAACACUUUAAGUGUCCUUUUUUAGCCUUAAGAGUGUAAUUGUAGCUCAGUAGUUGACAGCACACUAUGUUAUCCAGAUUAUAUUUACACAAAGCCAUAUGAUGACAAUUGUUUUUUGUUCUGAAUAAUAGGCUAUAAAUUUGCUCUGUGUGACAUAGGAAGAGAAAAACAGAUGAGAUUUAGUAUCAUUGAUCAUAAUUAAAUAGAUGUGAUACUGGGAUUUGAUGGUGUGACUGGUUAUAUUUCAGAAUCUCAGGGAUUUGAUGGUGUGACUGGUUAUAUUUCAGAAUCUCAGGGAUUUGAUGGUGUGUCUGGUUAUAUUUCAGAAUCUCAGUAGAGAUGGUGUGGCAGUGAUUGAGAAUCCAGUAGCGGUUAGACAAUCUUUUCAUGCACAGCAGCUGCAGGUGGAUUAUGCAGGUCAGAAUAAUCCCACCUGGAGCAGAGAAUUUCGGUUUCUCCAGACAGUGUCUGGCAAACUAUUGCGAGUAUUAGCAGCUCUGUGUGUACUCUGUCUGCUGGGAGGAGUUGUGGUUGGUGUUUGGUUCAUAGUGAAAGUUCUCCUAAGACCCAACCCAGAUCAGAGCCCUGCAAGCUUAGGAGACACCAAAGAUACCUCCUUCUGCAAUUUAACAGAGGACAUCUCUGUGACAGACCACAGGAAAGUGUUUUACAGGAUCAGUGGUGAGAACUCUCUUCUGGAGAUCCAGCUGGAGAAGCUUCAGACGUGGCUGCCCGUGUGUUUCGAGAGGUGGAACUCAUCUCUGGGAACGCUCGUGUGUCGACAGCUAGGCUAUCUGAGAUUAUCAAAGCACAAAGGUGUUAACCUGACAGACAUUGGACCAAACUACACAGAUGGGUUUGUCCAAAUUACCUCUGAACACCAAAGCAAUUUGGAGAGAUUAUGGCAUUUCAGGGGAAGCUGUAGUACAGGAAAGGUUAUUGCUCUGAAAUGUUUUGAAUGUGGCACCAGAGCAAAAUUACCCAGGAUUAUUGGAGGAGUGGAAGCCACAUUAGGCAGGUGGCCCUGGCAGGUGAGUCUCUACUACAGUAACCGUCACACCUGUGGAGGAUCCAUCAUCACCAGCCAAUGGAUAGUUACAGCUGCUCAUUGUGUACACAAUUACAGGCUACCUCAGGUGUCCAGUUGGGUGGUUUACGCUGGCCUUGUCACCCGCAAUUCAGCUAAACUGGCUCAAUAUCAAGGCCACACUGUGGGGAGGAUCAUCUACAACAAGAAUUACAAUCACAGGACUCAUGACAAUGAUAUCGCUCUGGUCAAGUUAAAAACGUCUUUGAAUUUCUCAGACACCAUCAGGCCCGUGUGUUUACCACAGUAUGACCAUGAUUUCCCUGGAGGGACCCAAUGCUGGAUCUCUGGUUGGGGAUACACACAGCCCGACGAUGUUCACAUACCAGAGGUCCUCAAAGAAGCAGCCGUACCAUUGAUCAGCACAAAGAAAUGCAACAGCUCUUGUAUGUACAAUGGUGAUAUCACCCCUCGGAUGCUCUGUGCAGGAUACACCGAAGGGAAAGUGGAUGCUUGCCAGGGGGACAGUGGAGGUCCUCUGGUUUGCCAGGAUGAGAACGUAUGGAGGCUGGUUGGUGUUGUUAGCUGGGGAGCAGGCUGUGCUGAGCCAAACCAUCCAGGUGUUUACACCAAAGUGGCUCAGUUUUUGGAGUGGAUUUAUGAUAUUAUAGAGAGCUAGUAAAGACUGAUGUAAUCCAACAAAAAAAGAAGAAAUCUCCUGACCUCUUCUUGCUAAAAUAGCCUGAAUAUUUCUUAACUGUGGUAUUGUUUAGCUUUAUUGCAUGUUUAUGUUGUUAUAAAUAGAGAAUAUAUAUAUUGUUAAAUAAAUGUUUACCAUCAAAA